AUGGAACAGACAGCAAAGAGGAAACUAGUGGCAGAUGGAGAGAUCCGGUAUAGUCUGCUCGCUAAUGCCCUCUUUAGUGAUGACACAGAUCUGAAGAGCAUCUCCCGUGUACACGUCUCUCUCUGCGGCGGAGAUGAACACAUCUUUGACCAGCUGGACGGCCUUUUCCUGAGUCAGGGGAACGUGCUGCACACCCUCCAUGUUCUUAAAACCAAUCUAGGCAGCAAAGAUGAGGCCCAGUGCUUUUGUGUGCACACACCUGUCGGUAUGGAGUCCAUGCCCACGCAGAAGGUGUGGUACCCUCUGUCACACAUGUCGCAGAACAUCAUCUCGUCCUCGUGGUGGGGCUGCUGGCACACGGUGCAGGUUUUGCACUCCAUGCACUGCCAGCGCGUACCCAAGCUCUUGGCUGAAGGUGUCACAGCUUCGGGAACUGUCCCCUGA